AAUAAUCCUAAAAUCUCACCACAUGUUUCAAUCUACUUACAUUCAAUUUGAUGUAUUUUCUCAAUUGUAUAGAAUUGGAUGAAUAAACUAUAAUGUUUGUGAUGUAUGAUAAUGUUACUUUGAUAUCUUAAUCUUUGAAAAUUUUCAAAACAAAAUGAAGUUGUUAGUUAAAGUUUAUGUGCUUAGAUGGUGGAUGAGGAGAGGAGUAAAAGUCAAUCAAUUGCUUUUUCACGAAUCUCUUGGUCUAAAUAUUUUUUAUUAUUUAUUUUGCCCUUGAUUUAUGAUUUUCAACUGUGUCUAUAUAUGAAGUAAGCCCAAGCUUGUACUCUGUGUUGCUCACUUAAUUUUCCGGUCAGUCACCGGAGCUUGGACGGAGGAGUCUUGACGCAAAUGGACGAAUCAUGGCGGAUGCGCAUGGGAUUAAUGCAGGGUCUCCCUCGACGGCGGUCCAUGGAGGAUAGGUCGUCUUCCCGUUCUAGGCGAUCCAUCUUCGCCGGAGGUCGUAGCGGAUGCGAAUCGGAAAACUUAGACCCGGAAGACUUCGCCGACGUCUUCGGAGGUCCGCCGAGAAGCCUCCUGGCACACAAAUUCUCGAGGUCCAGUUCAUUCUACGAGGAGAUUUUCCGGCCACCGGAGUUUGUGUCUCCGGCAACGAAAGGUGGAAGAAACCUGCCGGUCUUCAGGAUCCCGACGAAGAACGAGGGAUUCUACAGCGACAUCUUCGGGUCGGACGAUGACCGGAAAUCGCGAGAAAGAUCAGGAUCGCACUCGAAGGCAAAGUCGAACUCGUCCUCGGUACUGAGUUCGGAGGAGCUAAGCCCAGCCCGCCCGGCGAUCGGCGAUGACGUGGCAUUGUCUGUCUUCGCUUCGAAGCUCAGGCCUAUUAAUGUCCCAUGUAGAUGGAACUCAUUCACCACGAUGCCUGAGGAACACUUGAAUAAAGAAGGGAGGCCAAUUUUUCCCAGUAAUGGUCAACUAUUCGAAAUUCAGUAUCAGGAUAAUGAGUAUAAGGAGAACUUCAGAAGUUCUCAUUUAGGAUUCUUAAGAGGAGUGUCAUCCCCAGAAACCAUUAGUCUUGAAACCAAUUCAUAUCAGAGUAUCAAAGUAUCCGUUGAUGACUGGGAGCCCAAUUCACCAUUUUCAGCUGUCUCUUCACUUUGUCAAGAACCUGAGGUGGCGAAAUCCGCAUUUCAGCAUUACGUGCAUCCAGAACAAAUUAUAGAACAGGAUGAUGAUGAUGAUGAUGAUAUUGACGACGAUGAAGUUUUGAGCUCUUAUGUCAUAGAGGUCAACCCCAACCCAAAGGAGGAAGAUAGUGGAUCUGCUGCCAUUGAUGAAGCAAUUGCAUGGGCCAAAGAGAAGUUUCAAACACGAAGUUCUGAUGAAGAUUCAAGCAUGAGAAAUAAUGGCGAUGUGCAGGGUGCUGGAAGAAAAGAUGAUCAACCUGAUGCAAGUGAUUACCAUGAUGAAGGAACCGGAGCAGUUCAAUCUCCAAAGAUGGAAACAGAGAAGUUAGAUAGAGAUAUAAGAUUGUGGUCAUCAGGCAAGGAAACUGACAUCCGGCUACUGCUUUCAACAUUACAUUACAUUCUGUGGCCCGAGAGUGGCUGGUACGCUAUUCCUCUCAUGAACCUGAUAGAAAGCUCACAGGUGAAGAAGUCUUAUCAAAAAGCAAGAUUAUGUCUCCACCCGGACAAACUUCAGCAGCGAGGAGCAACCCAGACCCAAAAAUACAUAGCAGAGAAGGCUUUCUCCAUUCUUCAGGAUGCAUGGGCUGCAUUCGUUUCUGAAGACGUUUCUUUUUGACCAGCGGAUGACCCUGAUUCCUGAGGAUAUCAAGACGGGAACAAACACCCAAGGUAUAUAUACGACAUAGAAGCUUUAAAUGACGGAAGUGUUUGUUAACUCGCAGAAAAUAAUACACAAAAAAUGAAGAUAGAAGCUACUUUGUACAAAUAGUUGACAGCUUGGUCUACUGUUUUGUUUGGCUAUGUUUGUAUCAUAAGUUGUUUGAGGCUCUUGUAAGUAAUAUUUUGAAAGUAGUUAAGAAGGUAUUUGAUUGCCUUUUCACUUUUAAUGCUUGACCUGUAUGCUGUGACAUGGAAACAAGAAAUUAGUUUAUUUAUUUGUAUCCUUAAA